AUGACGAGCAGUGACUAUCGACAGUAUUUAUUAUCAACCUAUACUCUAAUGAUGACUAUUGAAUGUUUCGUGUCUCUGGAACUAAAAGAACUACAUGUACCAACGCACGUAGUACUAGGCACGAACGCACAGUUGUCAUGUCACUGGAAGUUGAGUCUCACCGACACAUUGUAUUCAGUCAAGUGGUACAAAGACGGUAAGGAGUUUUAUCGACACGUGCCGCGCGACUCGGAGCCGAAGAGGGAGUUCCCACUGCCUGGUGUUGAUGUUAAGAAUUCCGAAUCAUCGGGCUCAAGUAUAGUGUUAUCACCAGUAACAUUCAAGAGCGCGGGGCGAUACCGCUGCGAGGUGUCUGGCGAGAGGCCGCACUUCCUCACCGUGUCUAGCUACGCGGAUAUGUCCGUUGUUGAUCCACCAAACGACGGUCCUGUGUUAUCAGACCUCAAUAAAAAGUAUCACUUGGGUGAACGUGUCCAAGUCAACUGCACAUCAGGUCGAUCUCGGCCUCCGUGCCAACUGCAGUGGUACAUAAAUGGUGAGCCAGUUCCAUCUACAUCGUCACUGUCACCUAUUUAUAAAGUUUAUGAAUAUGAGCAUGCAAGCACAACAUCGGUGCUUGAUUUCAUACUUACUGAGCAGCAUUUUAGAAAGAAGGUUGUUAAAAUUAAGUGCUUGGUAACACUUUUCGCAUUGUAUUGGCAAAGCAGCGAAAAAAGCGUGUUGCUCGAAAAAGAGAAGCUUCGUGAUAUAAUGUCGCCGAAUAUUAAAAAACCAAACUCCAAACCAGACAUCAGUGAUAGAUGUGGCAGCUCCCUUAUGUGCACCAUGGUAGAUUCAAAAUCAUCUUGUGAUCCUUUUGUUGAUAAAAAAGCGGACGAGGGUGAACUGUCCAUGGGAUUGAUUAAAUCUGCGAAGAGAACUGGGCAGCUCAGUUUAUGCAAUAGGGGACUCGGUACAGUACCAGAAAAUGUUUGGAAAAUUGAUGAAUUGGUUAUGGAUGAAACAAAAGAGGUUGAUUUUUCAAGAAGUAAUACUAAUAACUGGUGGAAUGCUGAACCGCUAAAGACCCUUGACCUCGGUUCGAAUGUUAUAAAAGUUGUAUCUCCCAAUAUCAAGUAUCUGCAACACCUCAUCACUCUCAAGCUUCAUGACAAUGCCAUAACUAGUCUACCAGCUGAAAUUGGGGAGCUAAAAGAGCUCAUGAACCUCAGCUUGGCUCAUAACAAACUAACAGUACUCCCAAAGGAGUUCUACAGAUUGACAGAGCUGCGAUGGCUGAGUAUAUCUCAUAACAGUCUUACAAUAAUUGAACCAGAUUUUGGGGAUCUAGUCAUGCUUAAUUUUUUGGACUUAUCACAUAACAAAUUAACAUCUCUACCACCAGGAAUGGGAUAUUUGGUUCGCCUUGUGGAAUUAAACUUAUCCCAUAAUGAACUUCAGGAACUACCUCCAGAUAUUGUGAAUUUAAGAGAUUUGAAGAAAAUGAACAUAAGUAACAAUAGUUUGAAGAAAUUGCUUCCAAUGGGAGAACUAAGAAAGAUGGAAGUAUUAGAGGCAAACCAUAACGACAUCGAGGAACUACCCGACUUUUAUGGCUGCACAGCUUUGAAAGAAAUAUAUUUGGCGAAUAAUUAUAUUAAGGCAAUUACAGAGGAGUUCUGUGACCAGAUGCAGCACUUGAACGUGUUAAACAUUAGGGACAACAAACUGGAAUUGUUGCCGGAAAAUAUAUCAUUGUUACAAAACUUGAAGAGACUCGAUCUGACUAAUAAUGAUUUGAAUAAGUUACCUCGUAAUCUAGGCCUGUUAUCUCAACUGCAAAGCAUCAGUAUGGAAGGAAAUAGAUUGUCUUGUGUAAGACAAGAUGUGAUUCGCGGUGGUACGGAGCGAAUGAUGAAAUUCUUACGAGACAGAAUCACAGAGGAGGUCGUCAGCGAGACCAGGUUUACUAACGACGAUUGGCCUGAUAAGUACACCCUGAAGAAGAGCCUGGCGCUGAUGGUGCCGGCGCGCGAUCUGAGCGCCGUGCCCGACCACGUGUUCGUCGCCGCCGCAGACGCGCAGGUGCACAUCUGCGACUUCUCCAAGAACAAGCUCACCACCCUGCCCAAGGGUUUUGUUCGUCUUAGUGAAACCUUAACGCAAUUAAUCUUGUCUGCAAACAAUUUGACGAGUAUUGCGCCCGAAAUAAACUGUUUGACUAAAUUGCAAUUCCUGGACGUGAGCAAAAAUAGCCUUACGGAUUUACCUAUGGAACUGGGACAUUUGAAGAAUCUAAGGGAACUAGUCAUUUCUAAUAAUAAGUUAACCAAAAUACCGAGGUGUGUCUACGACGUGGAGAACUUAGAGAUACUGUUAGCCGCUGACAAUAAGAUCGAAGAAGUCAACGUAUCGUCUGAUGCUCUCGCUAAGCUGAAGAACUUAGCUGUACUGGAUCUCAGCAAUAAUAGCAUUUUCACUGUACCACCGGAACUCGGCAAUUUCACACACCUUCGGACCUUGGAGUUGAUGGGCAACUGCUUCCGUCAGCCGCGACACGCCAUCCUCACAAAAGGCACGGAGUCUAUUCUCUCCUACCUGAGAGAUCGCAUUCCCACCAAAUAG